AUGGGUUCAAAAAAGAAGCUGCUUUUAGCUCUAAUUACUGCUUCCACAGCUAUGAGAACAAUCAUUUUGUUUCUUUUGUGUUUCUGGGUUUAUCAUAGGAAGUACACAAACAAAUCGAAGGAGAAAAGGGGUCAUAGCUCAGAUGUUGCAAAAGGGCUUGCAUUAUCUCAGCUUCGAUUCUUGGGUAAAUACAAUACUUUCAAGACAAGUUGUAGAAACGGAUCUGUAACUACAAUGGAAUACAUGGUGUUAGAAUCAGCUACUAACAAUUUCAGUGAAAAUGAAAUCUUGGGUGUAGGGGGAUUUGGAUGUGUGUAUAAGGCUAAGUUAGAAGAGAACUUAUCUGUGGCUGUGAAGAGACUCCAUGGGGGAACUUCAGACGCCAUAAGAGAAUUUGGGAAUGAAGUAGAGUUGUUGAGCAAUAUUCAGCACCCGAAUAUAAUUUCUUUGUUGGGUUGUAGCAUUCAUGCAGAAAUAAGGCUUCUUGUUUUUGAACUGAUGCAGAAUGGAUCUCUGGAAAGUCAAUUGCAUGUUAAGUUAAUAGAUAAAAGCGAUGUCUAUGCAUUUGGAGUCGUUUUACUGGAGCUUCUACUGGGAAGAAAACCUGUGGAGAAACUGGCACUAGCUCAAUGCCAAUCUAUUGUGACAUGGGCGAUGCCUCAACUCAAUGAUAGAUCCAAACUUCCAAACAUUGUAGACCUUGUGAUCAGAAACACAAUGGAUUUAAAGCACCUGUAUCAGGUUGCUGUAUUAUGCAUUCAACUAAAACCGAGCUAUCGUCCAUUGAUAACAGACGUAUUGCAUUCUCUUAUCCCCCUUGUUCCCAUGGAGCUUGGCGGCACCCUCAGAAUUGCAAAACCAGAGCCGCCUGCAGUCGCCACAAUGCCUUCCAACAACUGA